AUGGCUGUGGAGCUCAUGAUGGGUUACAGAAACGAAAGCUUGGUUAAACAAAUUGAAGAGAACGCAGUUCAAGAGGCUGCCUCUGGUCUUGAGAGUGUUGAGAAGCUCAUCAAGUUGCUCUCUCAGUCUCAAAAACAAGAGGGUCAAGUUUCUUCUUUACAGCUUCAAAGAUCGUCCAUGGAUUUAGACAUGGAUUGCAGAGCUGUUGCUGAUGUUGCUGUGAACAAGUUUAAGAAGGUAAUCUCUCUCCUGGGUCGAACCAGAACCGGCCAUGCUCGCUUCAGGAGGGCCCCAAUGGCUUCUUCUACUUCUUCAUUUCCAAAUCCAGUCCCAGAGCACUCCCAUGAGGUAUCUGAAGUUAAGAUUUACUGUCCAACACCAAUCCAACAAGUCCUUCCCGUUCAUUAUCAUCAACCUCAGCCGGAGAAUCAGGUGGUGAUUCCAAGAAAUGGUGUGAUGGAAAGGAAGGAUUCGGUGUCGAAGACGAUAAGUUUUUCGUACACGCCGGCGAUUUCUCGUGCAAAUUCGUUCAUGUCGUCGUUGACCGGUGAGACUGAUAGCAAACAGCAUUCUUCAUCGUCGGCGUUUCAGAUUGCCAAUCUGUCUCAGGUUUCUUCCGCUGGAAAGCCUCCUUUGUCCUCGUCUUCCUUUAAGAGGAAGUGCAGUUCGUCGGAAAACGCCGCCUCCGGCAAGUGCAGUGGCUCUUCCGGCCGCUGCCACUGUUCCAAGAGAAGGAAGCUGAGACUGAAGAGGGUAAUUAGGGUUCCGGCGAUAAGCAUGAAGAUGUCGGACAUACCACCUGACGACUAUUCUUGGAGGAAGUACGGACAGAAACCCAUUAAAGGGUCUCCACAUCCAAGGGGUUACUACAAGUGCAGUAGUGUGAGAGGAUGUCCAGCACGUAAACAUGUUGAGAGAGCUUUGGAUGAUCCAACCAUGUUGAUUGUUACCUAUGAAGGGGAGCACAACCACUCCCUCUCUGUUGCAGAAACAGCUAAUCUUAUUCUAGAGUCUUCUUAG